AGUAGACACGAAUGCUAGCUGCGUGGUCAUCACAACCCCUUACUGUCGAUAUCAGAUGCAGUGUUGGACGAAACGAGAAUCAAAAAGGGAUUCCCAUCGGCCCAUUGGCUGUAGACAUUCGGACGCAGUGCGACCAAUCGGUGCUACUUUCUUCGGAGCACACUUCAAAAUUGAAUCGAAGGAAGCGGUGAAAGUGUUACUAAGUGUCGGACAAACUUUACUGUGUAACAAAUCUGGUGAACAUUUUUCGAAUUCUUCGAUCAGUGACAGUGAAAAGUGCUAAUGUAAAAGUAUGGUACAAUUGUGGAAAGGCAGUCAUAGGACUGUUGGUGCUAUAUAUCUAUUACUACUCUAUGUUCCACACAUAGUGGCCAUUUUCGUCCCAAAAAUACACCACAGUCACGGCAAUGGUACUGCACAGUUCAGAGAAUCGAUUGCUGCCGCGCGGGCCACGAUUGACUUUCAGUCAGGAAACACAUCCGACACAAUAGCGGGUAGUGAAUCUCAGAACUCGUCGGGUUCUCCAUCGAUAUGCAUCGUUACGAGCAGUUUGGACGAUCUGCCGUCCGAUCUGUUCAGUGAGGAUCAACGGCUCCAGGGCGCAAUUGUGCUUCAUUUUCUGGCUGCGAUCUAUUUCUUCAUGUUGCUCGCGUAUGUCUGCAGCGAGUACUUUCUGCCAUCGGUUGAGUGUUUAUGUGAGGAUUUGAAGCUAUCCCAGGAUGUAGCGGCAGCCACCUUCAUGGCAACGGCUACCUCGAUGCCUGAAUUUUUCACCAACACCAUCAGCACGCUGGCAGUCGACUCGGACAUAGGCGUCGGCACGAUUAUGGGCUCGAUGCUGUUCAAUACGCUCGGUGUGGCGGCUCUCGUAGGACUGCUAACAAAGACGCACGUGCAGCUUGAUUGGUGGCCACUGACACGCGACUCCAUUAUUGUCACAAUAUCCACCACGCUAUUGGUGGUGUGCGUUUGGGAUGGUCGAGUUGAGUGGUAUGAAGCGAUGAUUUUCAGUAUUACCUACGUGUUGUACUUUGUGGUGAUGUUUAAAAACGAACCUCUAAAAAGGAUAGCCGUACAUUACAUACAGAACCGUUGGAACCUUUGCGGGCGAUUGGAACCCGAACCUGAGGAUGGUACGAUAGAUCACAAACCACGGCGGAAGUAUUCGAUUGCGAUCUUAGGGCAUGCCAUUAACGGGGUUCUUGUGGAUAUAAACGAUCAGAGCGCAAAGAAAGUGUCAUUCAGCCCCCACACAUCAGCGGAUACUGCGGUAGAAUCGGCAGACCCGGCACAAUCUGAGAGUGUCUUAGAGCCGUUGAAAAGUGUAAAGUGGAACGAGUUGACGCGCCUGCCAAAAUCAUCAGUCGCUGGUUGGAGAACGAUCUUCUGGUUCUUCACCUGGCCGUAUCGGUCGAUCGUGUUUCUGACCAUUCCAGAUCCACUCCGUUUCCGCAAACUUUACCCUUUAACGUUCGUCUGCUGCGUAGGGUGGAUCGGGUUGAGCGCAUAUGUCGUGUUCUGGAUGAUCUCGGUGAUUGGUAAUACCUUCGGCAUACCGGACACAGUGAUGGGCAUGACGUUCCUUGCGUUCGGUGGUUGUAUGCCAGAAGCCGCAUCAGCUGUGACGCUUAUACGUAGAGGUAAUGGCGCAAUGGGCGUUUCGAAUUCGCUGGGAGCCAAUACGCUAGCCAUACUGUUCUCGCUCGGAUUGCCCUGGUUCAUCAGGACGAUGGUCGAUGGCGGUCCAUCAACUGGAGCUUACAUCGCAAUCCAGUCAUACGGUAUCCAGUAUUCAGUGCUGGCCCUGUUUGGUGCCAUCUUUAUCCUCUACGUAGUAUUGUACACUGCCAAGUAUACGCUCCGGAAGCUAGUCGGACUAGCACUUGGUAUUGGAUAUCUGGUGAUCGUUGCGUUCAUGAUCCUUGUCGAACUGGAUAUAUUCUUCCCGGCAAACAACCGAUGUUGAAUAUGAUGUACUCCAAAAAUCAGAAACUACUCAUAAGGGAAGAAGUAUUGUAGAUACAGAACAUAAUGAAAGAUUGUAAAUUAUUAGUAAAGGUGAUCAUUUGAAUCGUUAAUCGCUGUUAAGAAAAUUAAACUAUUGUUUGUGCUCUUGCACACAUACAAUACGCAUUUACAUAAUGAUUAUUCUUUAUGAAUAUAAAUUAAUAAAGCUCAAUUUAGGUAGCUGUCGGAAGUUGUGUUGCCUAUUUUUAUCUAAAUAUGUACAAAGC